GCGGCGGCCGCGGAGGUCGGAUGCGGGUCCCGGGGCACCGCUGAAGCGGCUGGUCCCCGACCUCGGACACGGGUCCGGACGCCCCCGCCGCGCCGGUUCGCGACGCCGGGGCCCGCACGCUAGAUGGGCCGCCCUGUCUGAACUGCUGAGCUUGUGGAAGCUGCAGAAGCGGAGGGGACAGCUUGGAGAUGAAGGAUCUGGGGGCCGAGCACUUGGCAGGUGGUGAAGGGGUUCAGCUUCUCGGGUUGUUGAACUUCUACCUGGAACAAGAACAGAGAUUCCAACCUCGAGAAAAAGGGCUGAGCUUGAUGGAAGCUACCCCAGAGAAUGAUAACACUUUAUGUUCAAGAUUGAGAAAUGCCAAAGUAGAAGAUUUAAGAAGUUUAACUAACUUUUUUGGAUCUUGCACUGAAACUUUUGUUCUGGCUGUCAACAUUUUGGAUAGAUUCUUGGCUCUUAUGAAGGUGAAGCCAAAGCAUUUGUCUUGCAUUGGAGUCUGUUGUUUUUUGCUGGCUGCUAGAAUGGUAGAAGAAGAACAAAAUGUCCCACCCACUCAUGAUGUGAUCAGGAUCAGUCAGUGUAAAUGCACAGCUUCUGACAUUGAACGAAUGGAGAAGAUAAUCUCAGAGAAAUUGCACUACGAGUUGGAAGCUACUACUGCCUUAAACUUUUUGCACUUAUACCAUGCAAUUGUAUUUUGUCAUACUUCAGAAAGGAAGGAAAUACUGAGCCUUGAUAAGCUAGAAGCUCAACUGAAAGCUUGCAGCUGCCGACUUGUCUUUUCAAAAGCAAAACCAUCUGUAUUAGCUCUGUGCCUUCUCAAUUUGGAAAUAGAAACAAUAAAAUCUGUUGAAUUGCUGGAAAUUCUCCUGUUUGUUAAAAAACAUUUGAAGAUCAGCGACAUGGAAUUCUUUUAUUGGAAGGAAUUGGUGUCUAAAUGCCUAGCAGAGUAUUCUUCUCCUGAAUGCUGCAAACCUGACCUGAAGAAGCUGGUUUGGAUUGUUUCAAGGCGCACAGCGCAAAACCUGCACAACAGCUACUAUAGCGUUCCCGAGCUGCCAACCAUCCCAGAGGGGGGCUGUUUUGAUGGAAGUGAGAGUGAGGACUCUUGUGAAGACAUGAGUUGUGGAGAGGACAGUCCCGGCAGCUCCCCGCCCAGUGAUCAAGAGUGCACCUUCUUUUUUGACUUCAAAGUGGCUCAGACACUGUGCUUUCCGUCUUAGAAUUCCCGUGGUCUGUGUCAGGAUUUUAAGGAAAUGCACCUGUUUCAAAGCAAUAAAUGGGGAGUAGGUAGUUCUCUAGUGUAGUCCCCAUCUAGACAGGAAUUACAGACUGGAAUACCUACCUUCUAUUUAUUAUUCAGGUCAGAUCUGGCCUGUUUUCAUAUUUAAUCCUAAGCCAUCAAAUGGGUUAGUGCCUCUUAACAGUACUUUAUACAUUGGCACUUUAUUUUCUUGUUGACUAUCUGUGCAGAGGAAGGAAGGUGCUGGUACCUUUGUUACUUUUCAAGAUUUUUAAUGAUGAGUAGUGUCGCUCAUCGUAAACUGUAGAGCCUUCAGGUGUCUUUAUUUAACAGAUCGGGAGUGUGCAAGUGCUUCCUUAGCAGGGACAGUGGAUAAGCCUUUCGUGGUUUGUCUCGGGUUUCUUUUUUCCCGUUCUCAAAAUAGACUGUACAGGACUCUUGAGUGUCAAACACCAACCUUGUUUCCUAAUGCUAGUUACUGUCUGAUACAGAUCCUACACAUUAAGAGUUAUAUUGACAUGUCUGUGAAUUUUAGUUUCUAAAUGCCUUGAGAUUUCUGCUAAAGCAGAAAUUGUCAUCAUGCUAGGGCUGUUAGUUGCAUUCUUAAUACCUAAGUAUUGUCAGACUGUAGUAUUAUUUUGUUGUUAUCUAAAAGACCCAUAAUCUUCUAGUUUUGCAUGCACUUGUAUGGAACAGAGCAGGAAAUGGAAUUGAUUAGCACUGAUUGAGUUCAUCUCACUUUCUUGUAUUGAAGAUCUGCAUGAUUGCUUUCUGAUUGUUUUGUAUCUCACUUUUCAUAAUGUAUUGUAUAUGGGUGCCAAGAUUUGAAUAUGAAGUGAAAGAGCUCCAAUGUUUAUAGUAUUAGUUCAAAGCAAUUCUGUGUGGUGAUACAGCCAUAAGGAUGGGGAUGUGUACACUGUACACAGAAGAUUUUGUACAGAGAAUUUUUAACUUUAUAAACCUAUGUGAAAAUGUAAAUCUUUAAAAAUGUACAUAAAAUACUGUAUUUUUUUACCUUGUGUGUGUGGUAAUCUGGUUAGUGCAUGUAAAUAUAAUUUAUUGUGUAUUCUGUAUUCCCAGACAUUGAUGACUUCUUUUUACUAGUAAGUCAAUGCCCAUUGAGGUGUUUUCCAAAGUAGGUUUUUUUUAAGUCAGAAUAGUUCCGUAAUUCAAAAUAAAAAAAAUAUUAAUGAGUUCUCCUUACCUUAGUUUUUAAUUGAUUUUUGGUAAAAGCACUUGGUGAAUUUCAUCACAAAGACUUGAAGUGAAGGUGAGGGCUUCCCCAUCAGCCUUUUAACUGCUGAUGAGAACCCUCUGGGUUGUGGUUCCUCUGUUAUUUUGGCCCCGAGUUUUGGAAAUACCAAAAAGGAACCUGUCACUUGAAAAUUGAUGUGUCUCUGGGGUGGAUUCAUAUUAAACUUUCUGAGAUGCCA